AUGAAUAGAAAUUAGAGAUUAAGUCCAGCUGAGCAGUACUAGUAGACUCAUUAAGUAGAUGAGCGCGAACUUCGAUUUAAAGAGAUUUAGUUCUUUGUUGUCCGUACAGCAGGAAGAUGCUUCAAAUAGUGCAUCAACAACUUUGAAACUUCAACUCUUAGUGACCCUGAGAAGUCUUGUAUAAACAACUGUAUCUAAAGAGCUCAAAGAUCCCAAGCAGAGAUCCAAUAAGUAAUGCCCGAAAUAGAUAAAAGAUUUAAAGAUUGA